AUGUCUAAACUUGCUGUGAUUCUGUUUACCGUGGUGAUUGCAACAAUCGGUGUCAGAUGUCAAGCUGAACAAUUAGAUGCAGAAUCACAGUUAAGCCAAAGAGAAGAUUCGGAUAAUUUAGAAGGAAACGAUGACAGUUACCGAUCAGCUUCAGCGCAGAAUUAUGCCCCCAUCAAUACAUAUAACUUACCACUGCCAACAUACAAUCCGGCUAAAAUCAAGCUGGUAGAAUGUUAUACCUGCACAGACUGCCCAAAGGUCCUAUCUAACACCACGGCAAGAUACUGCCCGUACACCAAUGAUCAUACUAAGCACAACAAAUGUGUGGUCUACUCGGAGAAAUAUCAACAAUUGGAUAAGCCAUGGAUCAUCCGCGGCUGUGCAUCAGAGCGAGGGUCAUGCGCAGAUAUUACCAAAGCCCACGAAAAUGCCAACGCAAAAUUAGUCAAACUGCUGUCCUGUUCUGAAUGUGACGGUGACAAGUGCAAUACGAACGGGGUCUACCGAUCAUUGCCGACUCUAUCAGCGGCCAUAUUCUUUGUUUUAAUGACUCCUUUAAUCGGCAAAUGUGCUCUCUCAUAAAUUAACGUUGAAGAUGACAGCUUUUAUUCCAGACUACAAAAAAGGUGCUUUAGUUAUCUGUGCAAGGGAAAUAUGAAUUAUAAAAGUACGUCAAAUACAAAGUCGAUCAUUAUUUUCUUUGCUAAAUUCUGGUCAAAUGUCUAGUACAAUUACUCUGAAGAUAUUGUCAAUUAAAGCUUUGGUCAGUGCUGA